GAGAAAUUAAGACGCGUUAGAGUUCUCCUCCUGCAGUACCUAUUUUCUCAUUAUGUGUACUGGUUGCUGUACCCACCCGCAGUGCUGGAACGCCUUGUUAGCUGAAUGCCUUUGCUUGCGUGCAUCCUUUGGAAAGCAGGACCUCAGCUGGUACAAAUACCCCUGGCAUCGCGGAGUCUCCACUGCAGCACUGCACACCAGGCUUGUGGCCGGUGGAGAGAGAAGCAUGGUUUCUCCUACAACCCUUCACUUCGCGGACCCAUAACAGAUCUGCCUGACUGGUCAUAUGCAGAUGGACGGCCUGCUCCACCAAUGAAAGGUCAACUUAGACGGCAGGAAAAGAACGAAGCGUUUGCACGGCGUGCAGUCAUGCUUUCUGAAGAGAUCGAUCAUGCCUUGGAGAAGUGGGAAGCCCAGAAGAGAGAACAAGAGCAGCAGGCAGAGGAAAAGAGGCACAACCGUCUGGUGCCCAAAGGAAGCUUACUUCGGCAGACCUCCAAAUAAAUACUUUUUUAGCCUACUUUCCUUAAGGCUAGUUUGAUAAGGCUUUUUAAGAAUCGUCUCGCCAUCCCUUUGAGAGGUUGUGGCUGUCUCUCUGGUAAAACCCUGUGUUAAAAACCAAGACGGAACAUAGAAUGCAAGACACUAAAAGAUUUUUCCAAGGAAAAACCAAAUAUUGGCUUCAGCACAAACAGAGAGAGGGGCUCUAAUAAUGAGAAUUCUAUUAAAAAUGCAUUUGACUCA